AUGCUCGCACUGCACAACACCCUCUCUUACAUUCCAUUUCUCCUUCUGGUCCUCUGUGCAACCAGCCAAGCCUUCGCUGUCCCAUGGACCACCAGCGACAACUCUCACUACGCAGCUACUCAACGCCAUUCGCCACCCGAAGCAAAGCAUCGCGGUGUCUUCCCCCAAUUGACAUGGCUCCGGGAUACUGCCAUUGAGAAGGUAUUUGGCGUGCCAACAAAAUCUGCAAAGGCGGGGUCGGAGAAGCCAAACUGUGCAUCGCAUACCUCGAGUUCCCAGAUCCCAGCGACACUGUUAGCCAAAUACGGAGGUCAUGUGGUUCUUCGAUUCAACUUGAGUACACCGCAUGAGGAGCAAGCAUUGGCGGAGGCCGCGGAUACCCUUUUCCUGGAUGUCUGGGAGUUUACUAGCAAUUGGGCAGAUAUCCGACUGAGGGAGGACGAUGUCCCAUCUCUACUCGGAUUACUACCCAAAUCACUCCAGAAUGCCUACUCUCCUCUUAUGCCCGAUCUGGCCAAGUCCAUAUAUCAGACUUACCCUUCAAUUGCGCAGGCUCGCCCGGCCUUCCCACCAUCUCAACGAGAUCGUGCUUUCACGCCGUCUCUAAAGACAUCAGAUGGAGCUGACAAUAUCUUCUUUAGCAAUUACCAGCCCUACUCGGUAAUUGUACCAUGGAUGCGUCUUAUGGCAUCUAUGUUCACUACGCAUGUUCGAAUCAUCAACAUUGGAACAACUUAUGAGGGUCGAGACAUUUCAGCUCUUCGAGUUGGCGUUUCCCCAAACCUCCCUCAGGAAGACCCCAAACCGAGGAGAACCAUUAUCAUCACCGGAGGUUCCCAUGCACGAGAAUGGAUAUCAGUAAGCACUGUGACAUAUAUUGCCUGGUCUCUGAUUACAUCCUAUGGAAAGUCUCCAGCAAUUACCAAGCUUCUCCAAGAGUUUGAUUUUGUUUUCAUCCCAACUAGCAACCCGGAUGGGUAUAUAUACACGUGGGAGACUGACCGUCUAUGGAGAAAGAACCGCCAGCAAACGAAUUUGAGAUUUUGCCGUGGAUUAGAUCUUGAUCGCGGCUUCGGCUUUGAAUGGGAUGGAGCUUCCGCUCAUAGCAACCCCUGUUCCGAAAGCUACCAGGGCGAGGAGCCAUUUCAAGCGGUGGAGUCACAUAGACUGGCCGAGUGGGCAAAGAAUGAGACUGAGAACAACGAAGUUAAAUUCGUCGGUUUCUUAGAUUUGCACUCAUACUCGCAGCAAGUGCUAUAUCCUUACUCAUACUCCUGUAACAAGGAUCCGCCAAGCCUGGAGAAUCUCGAGGAACUAGGAAUGGGACUUGCCAAAGCAAUUCGGAUCUCAAGCGGGGAGCAAUAUGGAGUUGCUUCCGCCUGUGAGGGUGCUGUUCCUGUCAAGCGGGGUCAAGCUUCCCGGAUGGAAACAGGCGGUGGCUCAGCAAUUGACUGGUUUUACCAUGCGAUGAAGACGCGAUAUAGCUAUCAGAUCAAGUUGAGGGAUACAGGGAGUUACGGCUUCUUACUGCCAAAGGAAAACAUCAUCCCCACCGGAGAAGAGGCAUACAACGCAGUUAAGUACUUUGGCGAUUUCUUAAUGGGGAAUAAGGGGAUUGAAGGUCAGCUUUGGAAAGAGAUGCAUAGGGGGGUUGAUGUGGAAAACGAGACAGUGGUGGCUGACGUUGAACCCAUCGAGGCAGAGGUUGAGUAUGAUGCUGAUGAAGCAAAGUGGGACCUCAGGCGACGGAAAUGA